AUGGUCAGGGCCAUUCGUGGCGUGCUCAUCGAGUGUGAGCCGGCCAUCAAGUCCAUCAUUGUCCAUCUUGACAGCGCCAACAACGACAUCAUCAUUGAAGACCUCGACGAGCAGCAUUUGGUUGUCAAGGAGAACAUGGUGCACGUGUUGAAGCAGAAGCUGGAGGACCGUCUAAAGGAAACAUACCGGCCCGAGGAGCCCUUAGCCGACAGCGAUUGA